AGUCAUUUGAUCCACCGUUAAUAUGAAAAAUAAUGAUUAAUGCAGCUUUAAUGUUUCUAAUCAGCAGCAUGUAUAAAUUAAAAAGCGGCGGUUUAAAACUGAAACAUACUGCAUAGAAGCUCUUGUCCUUUAAGUAAGAAGAAGAACAGCAUCUGAUAGACCAACUUAAUCUCUAAGUCUUUCAAGUAGAAUAUCAUGAUCCAGCUUGUCAAAGGUAGCACUGAGGUCGGGAAAAACUGCAAUGGAAGUUCUGGUUGAUCUUAAAGUCACUUAAUACUCUGAUAAAGGCUGUUUCAGGUUAGACCUGAAACCAGACUGGAACACAUCAAAUACUCUGUAGAUGAAAAGAUAAUUGUUCAAUUGCUUUUAUACAACUUUUCUUUCGCUAACUACAAAGUCCACUAACUACAAAUGGUUAUAAUUACAAAUGGUCACACUAUUCUGUCAUAUUUACAAACUGUCUCCAAAUUCACACCUCAAAACAAAGGCACACAUAUGUGCAUGAAAAUGUUUGUGUGACUACACACAGGUGCUACCUCUGCCCCUCUAGCCCUCCCUCCCUCAGGGGCAAGCAGUCCAGCUCCAUGGUGAUGUGUGUUACUCUGCUCUUUCGGUCACGCCCAUCUGUUCCCCCCUCCCUUUCCAGUAUUUAUAACAACCCGGCAGCCUUAAAAUAAGCAGAAGGCUGAAAAAGUCACUUCGAAGCCCUUUCAGAAGUAUCAGAGCCACAGGAAACAGGAGACAGGGAGUAUAUUGUGAGUCAUUUUCAGAGGACAGAGGAAUAAUACACUUCUGUAUUCCUGUUAUCUCGCAGUCAGUUUGUUCCCACAGCACCAGUUUCCAUCAACGGAGUGAAGGUAAAGACUCUCCACGAGUAACCCAGCCUGAGUGCACGUCCUUGGUUAUCUCCUCUGAAAGGUCAAACAAUCUGCAGCAAAAAUGGGAUGCUUUGGAUUCCUCAAAGUCAUGAUGUUUGCUUUCAAUGGCAUUAUCUUUUUGGCAGGUGCUGCCAUUCUUGGUGUUGGGAUCUGGGUGAAGGUGGACAGCGGCUCCAUCCUCAGCAUCAUUGGGAAGAUGGACAACGCACCAAAAGAGUUCAAUCAGGUGCUGAAUGUGGGCUACCUGCUGAUUGCAUUAGGACUCCUCCUGCUCAUCAUCGGCUUUCUAGGCUGCUGUGGAGCUGUCAAAGAGAGCAAGUGUAUGCUGCUGCUGUUUUUUAUCAUAGUCCUGCUGGUCUUCAUAGCAGAGGUUGCAGGAGCUGUGGUGAUCUUGGUAUUCAGACCUUUGGCAGACGAGUUAUUAGAGAAAUUUGGCACGGCAGCAGUUCAGAACAUCAAGAAGGACUAUGGGAAAAAUCCAGACAUUACAGGACUUUGGAAUUCUACAAUGACCACGCUAAAAUGUUGUGGAUUCAAAAAUGCCGAAGACUUUGAGGGAUCCCCAUAUUAUAAGGACCACAACGGACAAUACCCGUCACAGUGCUGUUCAAGCACGAUUCAACCAUGUAAUAAUGCAACGGUCGACAUGGGAAACACUGGUUGCUUCCAAAAGAUCAAGCAGCUAAUUGAUGACAACACAGUGGUUAUUGUGGGAGUGGCACUGGGAAUUGCAGCUCUCGAGUUAUGUGCCAUGGCUGUCUCCAUGAUCCUAUUCUGUGGAAUAAAAUCCAGGGGAGACUAACUACAAAUGGCGACGACCUCAGAGGGAUCAUUUUAAUCACUGCAGCUCUCUACUUCCUGUAUCGCCUCUAGAGGAGUAAACGCCUCAUCAGUGAAGACAGUUAAUGUCAGAUCUUGUGCAAUCAGAAUGACUGAACGAAGGACAUAACAAAUCUAUUUUUUACUACAUUUAAAUCUAAUGAAUGUCAUUUAUGAAUGUAUAUUAUCUAUUUCUCAAGAACACUACAGUUCACUUAAUAAACCAUGCUACACAUAUUUUAUACUUCACCAGAGAUUAUUUUGAAUGUCAAGUAGUGCUACUGCCUGUAGCACAUUGCCAGUCAUUGAGGAAUCACAUGAUAACUGAGUUCAUUGUGAUAAUGAAACAGAGGCUGGUGUCAGUGUUGGAGGCAGGGGUUACUAUUAUGAAAGUUGUUGCCAUGAUUCAGGUUGUAAUAUAGCAACAGAAAAGAUACAUUAUUUGUAUGUACAUUGUAAAGUGAUCAAUUUUGAAAUAAAAUGCAAUGUGUUUCUAGACCCUGGUGUGUGUUUGAGUUGGUUACACACAUGUAAUGAUGUUUCUAUCCAGUGGACAUUAUACAGAAGUUUCAGAAGGGGAAGGAGAACCAACAAACUGCGGGUAAAAAAAUGAAUACAAAUUAUUUCUUCUCUUUCCUCUUUUAUUAUGUUUUAACAAGCAAACUAGCAUAUGUGUCUAUAAGCACAUGGAGGUUAAAAGUGCCUUUUCAGUCACUAAGUUUAAACUAUAAGUCAGUUAGCUAAAGAUAUUCGUGCCACUAGGUGCCAUUUGAAACUAUCAACAGCGGACACAUGAGCUCUGAUUUCCCAUCAAGAGUUUAAGGAUUUUGUUUAGAAAAGAUAACAUACACCAUAUUACACAAUACAGCUGAAUUAGGAUCAAGAUAAUUGAGUUGGUUUAUUUAGUUUGCUAAAAAGUGUUGGUGUUAAUGUGUAACUCAAAGCAAAUGUUAUGUACCCUGAACUUUAGUUAAGUGGGCUUUUACUUCUGAUACUGUCAGUAUGAAUUUAAAAAGCAGCUGCCAUUAAAGCUCUGAGUCCAAAACCUGUAGUUUGUCUACAUGAGUUAGCUGUGAUGUCUUUGGACUCAUGGCUUCAUUUGCUGCUUUAUAGACUGGAAAGAAACUGCCUCAUGCUGGGGGCUUACUUGUGAUCUUUGGAGUUCGAGGGUUAACAUAAGUAGAGCAUGCUAGUUAAAAUGCCUACCUAAACAGGCACCUCUCAGAGCAGAUACUAAUUCAUUAUUGUGGCAAUACUAAAUUUGCUGGUCUUGUUGACUUUAAAACACAAGUUCACAAGUUUUCAUGUCUGUCUUAAAACAAGCCAGAGAAUUAAUAGGAGGAGAGGUAGCAUUAUCUUAUCUAUGGUGUGAAGAAAUAAAGCAAAAACAAACAAAACCAAAACAUAGAUAUAGUUGAUACAAUGUGGCUACAAGACUCAUACAGUGCAGCCAAAAUGGCAAAUACAGUACAUAAAGGAAUAGGCUAUACAUGUUCCACCUCAGCUUUGAGCUAUAGCAGUCCAGCCAACCUAAAUGUAACAAUGUGUAAUGACAGUAAUUCAGCUUCAUUAAAAGGGACAGAAACAACCCUGAAAUUACACGCUAGUCGAGACUGACUAGCACACCAUCUUUUUCUCGUCAGCUCAAUUAACUCUAGGACACAUACUGUAAACUAAAAACCAAGCAUCAGGAUAUGAAAGUCAUCUCUAAGAAAAUUUGUUCAUAUGAAUAAUUUGUCCAUAUGAAUGCACAGACAUUUAAGACUAAGGUCUUCUCCUUGUGGACUUCUCAAAGACAAUUCUGCACAGUACCAGACUCCAACCACAAGGUGACAGAACAGGCUUUCUGACAAACACAAGCACCUCUGUCAUUACUGUACAAGACAUUUACAAGUAUGACAAUGGUCCCCCGUGUGACACUUCCGAAAUGACUUGGACUUUUUUUCACACGCCUGUUAUUUUUGUGGUUGCUGUAGUAGUGUAGUAGUGAUACUGUUGUAUAUCAUCAUGUAAUCUGUUGGCUGAGCAUCAAUUGACUAAACAAAGAGAUCCCCUUAUACUUUUGUCUUUGUUUCGUGGUCAUUUUACCACCUGUGUAGACUGUGAUUACAAUUUCUGUCCACAAGAUGUCAGACUAUGCUUCCAAUCCAUAGUGAACGCUCUCUGAUCUGACUGUUGACAUGUUUAUAUUGCUUCAUGGGAAAAAAAGAAUUGGCUUGUUCACUUCAGCGUGCAGCAGUUCACCACUUUUGUAUGGGUUGUUCAUUUUACUUCCUCUUCUACUUGCAUUUUACAAUUUACCAAGUGAAACAUAUAUUCCACUACACAACCUGUUGGCAUAAGAAAGCAUUCAGCCCUCAUAAAUUAAAUAUAAAUAUUAGUUUCAGUAUGCAUCCAUGGUGGACAGUACCACUGUCUAAUAAGUCAACCUUCAUAAAGGGUUUAUAAGAUGGAACUAAUGGCUUUAAAAAUGAUUAAUGAAUCAUUUUAGUUAUAAACCUUUCAUUAGAACCACUUUUGGGUUGCCAGGUUGUGGAAAAAUACUCCUCCUGCUUUGUCUUUCUAGCUAUUGCCCUUUAAUUCAAAUUGAAAUUCAGAACUGCAGACAUGAUGACUUAUCAGAAAUUGAUCAAAGUGAGAAUUCUUGGUCUGAUGUAAGUUACCAAGAAAAAGUUAUUUCAUCUUAUUCUCUCUAAUCAAAAAUGUGUAUCAUCAGUUCAUGACUGAUGACUCCUGCAUAGAGUUUGGUGAUAGACCUACUGUAGCUGAAUGAUCUGAUCUGUGUAAGUCAUUAUAAAAUAGUCAUAAGAUUCUCAUGUCUGAACUUACAAAUGUGAGUCAGUGAUAAAUGGUCACGUUUUAACAAUCUUUAUAAAAGGGUAAUAGCUUCAUAACUUUCUGAUAAACCAUCAGUUCUGCAGUUACAGGUGUUUGUAAAGCCAUUUAUAAAGGACCACAAGUUUCUGACUUUCAGUCAGUAUUGUGCAGUUAUAAAUGUUAAUAAAUCAUUAAUAAAUGGUUCAUCUGGGUAAUUCAAGUUAUUUAUUAUUAACUUUUCCAAUUAAUGAAAACCCGAAAUGCAACACAAAACAACAGUAAAUCUUUGGAGAACAGGAUACAGAACAAACAAAAAGAAAAAAAUGGAUUAAAAAAAGUUUAAAAAGUAAGAAAAAAUACAGCAAUAAAUAGAAUAUAUUUGACAAUUUUACAUGACGACUCCGACAAACACCCCAAAACACGGGAACAGUUGCGAACAACGUUCACGAGGAGAGAUGACUAGCAUCCGUGCAGGCGACCUCUUCAGGCCUAAAGCUGUAUCCAGGUCUGAAUAACGACUGUUAGAUUUCAAUUCUGACCACUUGCUGAACUUCGUAUUGGGAGGAAAAUUCAAACCUCGUUGACAGACACAAGAACUGGAUCCAGUCUAAACGAAGGGUCCUGAGGACCAUAACGAUCAGUAAGUCUGUGGAUGAUUGUAUGCCUAAAAUUUCUGUUGGUGAACCUACCUCCGAAAAUGUGAACCUACACUGUUGUAGCCUAUAAGUGGGUAAAAAAAAGGAAAAAAAAGAAACAAUGUUAAAAUCAAUAGUAAUUUUUCGUUUUGUGCUGUAGUUAACUCUUAACUGGCAGAAUAAUCAAUACGAAACCCGUUCUGUGUGAGGAGUGUAUGUGGCUGACACAGAAGUAGCCCCAACCAGACCCAACCAUUCCUGUCAAGAGGAAAACCGCUUUCACCUACGAGGCUUAAAUUGGCUUCUAAUUCACAGCUUCUGAUUUCCCGGUCCAGUUUAAAAGUCGCAUAAGGCCUGUAGAUGGCGGUGCUCAGUCAUUUUCAAGCUAAUUCAUGAACUGAAAAAUUGAAUAAAUACGGGGAAGAUGAAAUGAUGACGAUCAAUAGAGUGCAAUUGUACUAGCCUAAAUUUUGAGCAUUUUAACUGCAGCAUAUUUUUCUUAUUGUCCUUACUCAUGGUAAACUGCUUUCCAGUCCUAUUGCUAAUUCUUCCUAUUUGCUAUGGUCUUAUCUGCUCAGUAAUAAAAAGGCUUAAGAAACUAAUACUCCAAUAUGACAGGAGUACUGGAGGAGUACUGUAGUACUUUUUCUUAAUGAUCUCAAACUCUUUACUCUAUUUGUAAAAAUACAAAAAGGGACAAUUUCACUGCUUUUUUCCCAUCCAGGCCACAUUAGACCAGGGCCAGAUCAAAAACCACUAUAGUUAGACCUGUCAAAUCUGGACUAGAUCAACAUGGAGUCUCCAGAGACUCACUAAAACACAGUGUCUGAUUUGUGAAACCUUGAUUAUAUUUGUGAAAAUGCAAAAAAGGGUGAUUUCACCACUUUUUUCCCUUCCAGACCACAUUAGACUAGGUACAGAUCAGAAACCACUAUACUUAGACCUGUCAAAUCCGGACUAGAUUAUCUCAGAGAGGCUAAAGUGUUUUCAUAACACAGUUUCAGAUUUGUGAAACCCUUACUCUAUUGUUGAAAAUUCAAAAAAGGACGAUUUCACAGGUACACCGCUGGAAUAAAGGAUCAGAUAAUUCAUCUCCCAUUGAUAGUUAUGAAUUUCAUCAAAUCAUUCCUGUUUAAUAUUUUUGUUCUGUUGGGUCUGCAUCUCCUCCCUGUCUGUCAUUUGGGGUUUGUGUAUGUGUUCAGCGGAGUUAUGUAGGUGUGUGUACGUACGCACGCAUGCAGGUUAAAGCUCUAUCCAACUGACAGAGAGGUAGGCUGUGUAAACUGAAAUUCCUUUUUUAUGCAGGUAGCCCGUCUACCCUCUAUAUUAUGUAGAUGGGGCCCUGAGUUCUUUAUCCUAAUUUCCUUUGUUAUAUUAUCUCUGAUUAAUUUAAUGUUUUUUGCUUGGGUCACUUUGGAAAUCCUAUACCUCUUGAAUAUACCUUAUUGUGAGACCACAGUGUAACAAACAAUUGAGUGUACUAACCCUUUAACACAGUACAAUACCACACUCUAAUAGAAGUUGGUAUAGAGUAUAAAGGCUAUAUAUAGCUUUUAACCUCUGAAAUAAUAAACACACUCAGAAACCAUUUAAAAUUAGAAGUAAUAAUUUCCUCCUUUAAUUCUAAAGCAAAAUUAAAUGAAAAUAAUAUUAAAUUAAAUACCAGGAGUGUUCACUGCUUUUGUUUCACAAGUCACACAGUAGUUUUCCCUUUUUACCUUUCCAACUUUAAAUUAUAUGCUUUUACUUGUCCACUGAAUUAUUUUAGUGACCAAACACACGCAAAAAGGAUAUAACAAAAUAAAAUAAAAGUGUUGCAGGCCUGAUGCGGUGCUUGUGAUCGUAGGGACCAAAAACUUAGCGGUCGCUUCACUCAGGUUUAGAGCAGAGUUAUGGCAUCCUCCAGAGAAAGUUAACAGUCCACAGGUCUCUGUCCAUGAGCAGGAUGGCAGCACUCGGGCAUAUUCACGGAGUUUGGUGGUUAUCCCGCGUUGCCAGAGGAACUCUGAGCAUCCCCGGGUGGCUCAGAGCGCUAUCUGGUUGUUGUCCCUCGUUUCCAGGUCGGAAUAAGUCCAGACGAAGCUGGAAAAACUCCCGCAUUAGCUCGUUCACCUCCUGCUGCUUUUCUCUUCGCUCUUCUAGUCUCCUUUUUCUCUUACUCUCUCUGUCUGCGUACACACACACGUCAGCCAAGUAACACACACAAACCUAUUUGACCAUAUUCACCUCUCCAGAAAGAUACCACUCUAUUUAAUUAGCAGCUUUUUUUAUCAAAAAGAAAUAAAAUAAAAUACAUGUAUGCAUUUUUAACAUCCUUAACAUGUUUACUCAUGAACUUGACCUUUUUAAACACAAUGAGAAAUAUGAAUUUUAACCAUACUGUUUUAACAAACCCUAUUUAUCUAUCACAGACAACAAUUUUAUACAUAUUUUUAACUGGGCUACAUGCACUAGAUGUGAUGCUAACGUGAUCUAAUGGUUGUAUCUUGUUCUAUGUCAAGCUGUUUGUUGAAGUCACAGCAAAGUUCCCACAGUUCCACGGAUCAACCGAGCCGCACAUGUCGCUGUGCUCACACUCUGCUACCCUGUGCGCCGGCUCUGUUGAACAUCACAUUCAGCAGCCCACUAAUGGAUAUCACAGCAAGUCUGUCUCGGCCGCGGGAAAUGAUGACAACCAGUUCUUGAGGCUCCUCGUAGCGCAUCUGUACAUCAAACCGAGAGAAGAAGUUUGAGACAGACAGCAAUAUCUGCUGUAGUGCAGUGGUGAUGCUUGCAGUGUUUCCAGCCAUAGUUUGACGUCUGAACAGUGACUUAGUUUCGUAGAAAGUCCCAAAGGGUCAGCAGUUGAGACAAUGAUCAAAAGUCAGACGGCCGCAGGCUAAUGAAUCCCAAAUCACAUCAGUCCACCUGUUGCUGGUGUUUAGAUGACUUCAGUCUCUUUUAUAGUAGGUGUGACGUCACAUGGGGAAAGUAGGCGGCGCCCAUGUGACGUCACACCUAGAGACGCGGCCUACUCUGCCUACUUGCAAGUAGAAGCCGCCCAUGUGACGUCACACCUACUAUAAAAGAGACGCGGCCUACGUUACCUACUUGCAAGUAGAAGCCGCGCAGGCUGUGUACUGUGUAUAACACACCGCUGUGACUUUAGACUGAGAUUCCAAACAUAGACGGAUACACCAAUGAAAGCCUGCCAAUGAAUCGACGACCGUACACUUGAAAUGGUAAAUGCUGGUACUUCUGAAAUGUGCCUGACAGUCUACGGUCGGGACACAGCCGGCUUGAGCCUGCAGCUGCACGACACUCAUCCCACACCUCCUCAGGAGAAUGGGCUGUAGUAGCCGCUCUCUCUGCUAUGUUUCACCGUCACCAGAUAGACUUUCAUAGUUCAUAUAACAGCUUAAGUUCAUAUUUAAUUGUUGUUUCGCGUCUCUAAAGAUUCGUCACAUUUAUUGGCGAAAAAGAUUUUCUGUGCGCCUUUUCCUUCAUUUUGCGCUUUGUAUGUCGUGGCACUGUAGGCCUACAGGUGAUUGAGCAGCAGUACUACAGCACCACUGACGACGUGCAUGAAUAACACAUAUGAUCUCUUUCCUCCUCCUCUCUUCUCUCACUCUGAAUCCUACACUCCGGCCUGGUUCAUGGGAAGCAUGUUCGAGUCGAGGCUAAGCCUAGGAUGAGCCAGGCAUUGAGCGCGCAUGUUCGAGAUGAACGAGCACGGCCAUGCCUUGGUACUUUCUUCCUUGUCUCGGUACUACAAAAAAUGAACAGUCACCGCCCUCACCCCUCCUCCUCCUCCUCCUCCUCUCUCUCUCUCUCUCUCUGAAUCCACUCCGGCCUGGUUCAUUGGAAGCAUGUUCGAGUCGAGGCUAAGCUUUAUUGGCAUGAAUGCCAGAAUGUCAAUGUCAGGUUUGUGUAACUCUACUAUAUAGUCACAUUGACUGUAUAGUACUAGUCCCUCUGUUCCGGGAGCAUCGGGAGCAUGGAUGUAUACUAAGAGCUGGAUAGGACGCCGCUCAUGGAUGUAUUAUAGGAGUUCUUAUUCUACAUGGAGAACAUGAAACAGAACAAACGGAAAAAAUAACUUUGGCAAAUAAAAGUCUCAAAAAUAAAACGAAAUAAAAUAAACUACAGCAGUAAACAGAAUAUAAUUGUACACGUCUUCUACUUUCUGUCAGGGGAGCCAAGCAGACACACAGACACACACACACACACACACACACACACACACAGACACACACACAUACACACCAGCUGAUGUUUUGUUACUUUGUAUAUAUUUUACCAGAGAUUGCUACUAAAGACCUGAGACCCAGAGCUGCCUCAUGCUUCUCAACUGAAAACGCCAAGAACACAACGCAGAACAUCAUGGGCGUAACUCAGCCGGCUACACAUGUCACUCUGGUGUCUCCCCUCCAGUAUUUUGGCUGCAGUGGUCGAAGUCCGCACGGAUCAUAAGGUUGAAAUGAAGUAAAGAAAAAAAAAAGCCUGAGCAUGUCAUGUUGUAAAUAGACUACUUGAUGUAUUCGUUCCUAUUUGCCAUUGUGCUGAACGUUGUCAGUGGAAAAAACACGAAUGAGCAAACAGCAAUAUUUCUGAAAAUGAUUUCAUGUUUUAUUGACAGAUUGAAAGCGUGACAGAAGAAAAAAAAAUGGUCUCAUCAAAUCAUUGUGUUACAGCCUCUCUAAACAUACAGAGGCUCAGCUGGAGACCGAAACAUAUACAAGGACACCAGGAUCUCUGAGUUACCAUGAAAACAACAAGCUUCGUUUUAACAAUAAUAAACUGUACUCAAAGUGCAAAGAAAGCAAAGAAAAAGGGAGGAGAUCCCGGCCAAAAGGAACAAAAGACGGGGAAGCUACUGAGCCAGCCACGCAAUGGGCCGUCGCACCCAGCGCAUCCCCCUAAACUAUCAAAAGCAAAAUAUCAUCUAAACUUAACUAAAACAAAAGCCGAGAACUGGACUACCGGUGAUCUCCAACCCAAACUAAAAAAACAAACUCAAAUAAUAAAAGCCAAAAGUUGAUGAGUUUCAUCAAAUCGAUGGUUGUGUAUUUGUCAGCUUCUCAGCAUCAUCAGCAGUGGUGUACAUAAAUACACCAGCAGCGUUCGGUCUGUGCAUGUUGUUGUUGUAGUUGAGGCUCCUGUAGUGAUUGAAGUGCAAAUCACUCUGGUUUCUCUCGUCCAGUACUGUAGGUGUGUCGUCAUUUGACAGAUUCGCUCUCCGCAGAAUUUCACUGUGAAGCUGUUUGUUGAAGUCACAGCAAAGUUCCCACAGUUCCACGGAUCAACCGAGUCGCACAUGUCGCUGUGCUCACACUCUGCUACCCUGUGCGCCACCUCUGUUGACCAUCACAUUCAGCAGCCCACUAAUGGAUAUCACGGCAAGUCUGUCUCGGCCGCGGGAAAUGAUGACAACUAGUCCUUGAGGCUCCUCGUAGCGCAUCUGUACAUCAAACCGAGAGAAGAAGUUUGAGACAGACAGCAAUAUCUGCUGUAGUGCAGUGGUGAUGCUUGCAGUGUUUCCAGCCAUAGUUUGACGUCUGAACAGUGACUUAGUUUCGUAGAAAGUCCCAAAGGGACAGCAGUUGUGACAAUGAUCAAAGGUCAGACGGCCGCAGGCUAAUGAAUCCCAGAUCACAUCAGUCCACCUGUUGCUGGUGUUUAGAUGACUUCAGCCUGUUUUAUAGCCUAUUGCAGUAGGCGGGGCUUCACAUGCCGAAGUGACACUGUGUCACUUCUUCAUUUCUUCUUCAUAAUGGCCUGGCGGAAACCCUCUGUCGGUCGCGCAUCGAUAUCCGCUGCCGACAUGUUGACACGCAUUUCCCCGUGUAGGAAUCAACAGGAGAUUGUAGCGGCCGGGUUUUAAGUACACUGUA